UCAAAAAAACCCACACUCAACCUCAACCGCCUAGAGGAGGAGUAGAAGAAGAAGAGGAAGAAGAAAAAACUUGCAGAGCUAAAGCUUCGAUGGCGGCCAAGAACCAACAAACGCAAAAACCCAAAAAGAGAAAGCAAAUUUCAAGCGUCAAAGUCGAGCGAGAUGGCUCAAAAUCCAAGAAGCCGAAGCUCCUUGCGUCGAAGCCAUCAAAAGACGGUUCAAGCAAGCCACUGAAGAAACCUUUCAAAUUACCCAAACAAAAACGGGAGCAACCAAAUGAUUCGAAGUUUGAGAAAUCAGAAUCUGGGAAUGAAAAUAAAGAGCUCACAAAGCGAGAGCGUCGCCUUCUUGCCAAGGAAUUGGCAGAAGCUAGAAAGAAGAAGAGGAAGCCACAUUAUACUCUUGAACAGGAGCUUGCAUCUCUGUGGGAAAAGAUGAGACGUCGGAAUAUUGCAAAAGAAGACAGAUCAAAGCUGAUAACUGAAGCUCUACAAAAAAUGAAGGGGAAGAUUUCGGAAAUUGCUGGCUCUCAUGUUUCUUCUCGUGUUCUUCAGACUUGUGUUAAGUACUGCUCACAAACGGAAAGGGAUGCUGUAUUUGCAGAGCUUCGGCCACAUCUUCUCACCCUUGCAUGCAAUGCUUAUGCUGUGCAUCUGGUGAAGAAAAUGUUAGAUACCGCAUCUAAAACACAGCUGGCAGGGGUUAUCUCCUCUCUCCGAGGCCAUGUUGCUUCUCUUCUUCGGCAUAUGGUUGGAUCUGUAGUUAUUGAGCAUGCAUAUCAACUAGGAAAUGCCACUCAAAAACAAGAGCUUCUGAUGGAAUUAUAUUCUACUGAGCUUCAGCUGUUUAAAGACCUUGCAUCUAUCAAAGAGAGCAGGUUAAUAGAUGCAAUUUCAAAGCUUGGCCUGCAGAAAUCCUCUGUUUUACGGCACAUGAAUUCAGUUAUUCAACCAAUCCUUGAAAAAGGAAUAGUAGACCACUCCAUGAUACACAGGGUGUUAUUAGAGUAUUUGAGCAUUGCUGAUCAGUCCUCUGCUGCAGAUAUAAUUCAACAGCUGUCUGGUCCACUCCUUGUCCGUAUGAUCCACACCCGGGAUGGAUCUAAGAUUGGGAUGCUUUGUGUCAAGCAUGGGAGUGCAAAGGAAAGAAAGAAAAUUAUCAAAGGAAUGAAAGGCCACAUAAGCAAGAUAGCUCAUGAUCAAUGUGGGUGCAUGGUGCUUAUCUGUAUUGUUUCAAUGGUGGAUGACACAAAGCUUAUAACAAAGAUUGUCAUCCGUGAGCUUCAAACAACAUUGAAAGAGCUUGUUUUGGACAAGAGUGGAAGGCGCUUGUUGUUGCAGCUGCUUCAUCCAAAUUGUUCACGCUAUUUAAGUCCUGAUGAUCUGGCCUCUCUAAAUUUAUCUGUCCCCACUCUCAGUAUUAAGAAUGAGUUAGAAGUCAAAUCUGAGGAAAUUUCAAGGGAUGAAGAAUCUGGUAAGGAGGCAGCCACGAGUGAUCCUGAUGUGACAGCACCUGAGUCUGGUAAUAGUGCUACUCCUGCAGAGAAUUACGUGGCUGAGGGUGGGAAGAAAGAUCCUUCCUUAAGGAGGCGGGAGUUGCUAGUCAGUAGUGGGCUUGCUGAGAACCUUGUUGAUGUGUGCAUUGAGAACGCAGAAGAAUUGCUUAGGUCAAAUUUUGGCAAAGACAUGCUUUUUGAGGUUGCAAUGGGGGGUUUUGAUGGUAUUCUCCAUCUGAGUUUGGAUGAAAAGUUAAAUAACUUGUAUGAAGCUAUAGCAGCACUUGCGGCGAAACCUAAAUCUGAAGAAUCCGAAGAACAUGUACUUGAAAAUUUUCAUUCCAGUCGCACCAUAAGGAAACUAGUUUUAGACUGCCCAGCAUUUGCUUCCACUUUAUGGAAGAAAUCUUUGGAAGGAAAGUGUCAAUUGUGGGCCCAGGGUCACAGUUCCAAGGUAGUGUGUGCAUUUUGGGAAUCCUCAGACUCCAAGGUCCAUAAACUGGCAAAAGAAGAGUUGCGGCCCUUGAUUGAUGGGGGUAUUCUCAAAAUCCCUGAAACUAAGCAAUCAGCAAAAGGUUAGGUUGGCUUGUAAUGAAGACAAGAAAAUUUUGAUCAUUGAACCGGCAUUGUUGAUUGGACUGCAAGCAAGUUGAGUGAAUGAACAAACUCUACUCUGUAUUUAUAGCCAUGAAGGAAUUUAUGUAACAUGCAGAGCAAAUUAUAUGAAGUUUCUUAGCUGAAAUGGGGUUCAUGGCAAAGUCAAAAUUUAUAUCAAUAUCAAGGGUAGUCUCUUUUUUCAUUUCUCCCUCCUCCUGUAAUAUGGAUUUGGCAAUUUACGAAAUCACUGUAGAACUUGGAAAGUGGCAAUCAUAUCAUAC